AUGAAAUGUGGCUUGGCCACAGACGAUGACGUGGAAGCCUUGUUGGCAACUGCCGACUAUCCCAUGGUGUACGUUGAGCACUACAACGGUCCGAUUGUAGAAGAAGCUUCGGGACACGUAGAUGAAGCACAAUGCAGUCAGUAUGAGACGCCGUAUUAUCAUCAUACGUCGUUUCAUGGUGUCCAGAGCUCGCCUCCACGACAAUAUUUUAAUUGGGAUGGACAACCGCUAGACGAAUCUGCAUGGAAUCAAACCGAAAGGCUUAAUGAAGUAUGUGGGAGAUUGAACGAUGUGCGGACAGAUGAUGAACCUGAGCACGAAGCUGAAGGCUCGGUUGCAUCAGGAGACGAUGAUGAUUCUGAUGACGAAGAAUUUGACCCUGCGCUCGAGGUGGGCACUGCUUCUGAUGCCUCUGAGGAUUUAUUAGACGACGAUCUAAUUGAUUUCACGGAGACCGAGCGAGCAGGUUGGAUCCGACAACCGACAGCCGAGACCGGUGAUCUAACUAAUUGGUUAGUUCCCUUGAUUCCAGUGGACGCCUCGGCUUCGCUGGUUGCUCGCGAGAGUGACCCUUCUAGAGUUGAUGAUCUGCAGAAGAAUUCUUUUUACAACAGCAAAGACGACCUGAUCAUUGCUGUUGGUUUGUGGAACAUGAAGCGAGGCACUGAGACAAAAGUUGUCCGCUCAGAUCCGGGACGAGUCUAUUUCUCGUGCAAGCACUCUGACAACUGCAAUUUCGAUCUUCGUGCGUCUGUUCACGGCCGAGGGAUGUGGAGAGUGCAUAAGUUGAAAGAGCAUUCAUGCGAAGGGGACUUGCGCACAGCUAAAAAAAUCAAGGCGCACUCGAAGGUGGUGGCAGCGUUUGUGGCAAACAGAAUACGCGAUGAUGGAGAGGUCAUUAAGCCGAAAUCCAUCAUGGCUGAGUUAGUACGCGAUUUCGGCAUCAAAAUCAAAUAUGAUGUCGCGCUGCGUGCAAGAAAUCUCGGGAUGGAUAUGAUAUACGGUCGAGUUGAUGAUUCGUUCCUCCUGCUCCCAAGAUAUCUGUAUGCCCUGAAGGAAGCGAAUCCUGGCACCGUAUAUGAUUUGGACGUAGAUGUAGACUGCCGGUUCAAACAUUUGUUUGUUGCUCUGUGGGCUUCCAUCUCACCUUUCUACUUUCACCUUCGACCAGUGAUUGUGGUUGACGGCACACACCUGAAGGGCAAAAAUAGUGGCAUUUUGUUUGUCGCCGUGACAAAAGACGGAAACGAGGCAGUUUUUCCCUUGGCGAUCGGUGUCGGUCCGAUCGAGAAUGAUGAGUCGUGGAAGUGGUUUAUGUCACAUCUGAGAGGUGCUUGCGGCGAGCCCGAUAACUUACUUAUUAUGAAGGGUUACGGGCCCGGUGUUGCUGAGCUUUUCCGCCAGGCUGCAUACGCCUACGAGCAAUCAGAUUACACGCGUGCAAUGUCAGCCAUGGCUGCUCUGAAGCCAAAGGCGUACGAGAAGUUGUUGCGCUUUCCUUACAUCCAAUGCCGCCGAGAGUUUUAA